AUGUCCGGCGGGCUCCAUGUCGGUGGGCUCCAGCAACAGAAAGUUCUUGUCGUGGAUUUGUUGUACGAGCUCUCUGCGUGCCGUGGGCGCAAGUAUCUAAAGACUAACGGAUUGAAACUAAGCCAAUCUAAUUAUGGAAGGUUUUGUGUUCGUAGGGAGCACGCAGAGAAGAUUCGGGAAGACGGUGCAUUUGGACUUGAAACGGCCGCCAAUAUAGGAAAGGAAAAGGAAACCGACUAA